UACCUUUUUUUCCCCCUUUACCUCUGAUAUCCUCACCACACCUGCAGAAGCGGCGUCUAAACCCGGCUUUCUGAUGGGAUCUGCAAUGGCAGCAGGGCUCAGAUCCAAUGAGGCAGUGCUGCUCAGGUGGGGCUCAGCUCUGUGAGUGCAUGUGAGUGUUGCCAAGGCAACCGGCCAAGCAGCAAAUGUACCAAGCAGUAAACACCACCAUCAUCAGAGAUGAAGCUCAUGCGGAGGACAUGGAUGAGUAAAAUGUGCAGCCAAGUGGAAAAGACGACCUGCAGGAGUGUCGAUCCACCCACGGACAUAGGACGACCAGCGAGUUAUGACGUCAUGAUUCGUUUAUUGUGUGAUUGAGCAGUUUAAAACUCCCGGGAUGCAACUUUUUAAAAACAUAUUUACUAUAGAAAAGAAUGAAAUGAAAGAGAUGUAGAGUUUCAAAGUCAGCGGCCGCAGAGGUCCAGCAUCCUCCCCGCCCGCCAGUGGCUCCAUCCACACACCUGAAGCUUUCUGAGACAGCUCUCAUUAUAGCAGCGGUGGCAGCGCAGCACUUGGAAAGGCUGAAUCAAUCUGAGAGAGAAAGGAGAGGGAGGGGGAGACAGAGGAGGGAGAAGAGACAGCGUCGGCGGCGGCUCUGCAGUGGAAUACGCUGGAACUGAAACCGGGAGCUCUCGGUUACCGAACGGCGCGCUUCGGUCAGGAUGCGUUACGGGACCUGAUGGCAGCAUCCUCACGGAAAAGUUACUCCUGGGUUUCUCUCACUUCACUCAAAUCCCCCGACAACUCCAGGAGAAAAAGGAAUAGCAUCUGUUUAUCUGCAUAGUUUGGCUUCAAAAACAAGAGAAGGAGACGCAGAUCGACGGAGGACAAAACCCUCUCCGGGGAUGCGGAAUUAGAAGGAGCAGACUGGCACAGCAGGACUAAAAGUAAAGAAUUCCUCCCACCAGAGUGGAUUCACCUCACCUGUACCUCCGGAUUAAAGAGCAGGGUCAUGUCCCAGUUGCCAUGCGCAUCGCCACGCUAACCUGCCUUCCCAGCCCCUCCCCCUUCCUCUUUCUAUUGGCCCAGCUGCUAUUGUGGCUCCUCCUCCUCCCUGGGCAGGAGCUCGUAGGAGCCGCCUCCUGCCCCUCCCUCUGCACCUGUUCCAACCAGGCCAGCCGAGUCAUCUGCACCAGACAAAACCUGGAGCAGGUCCCCGAGAGCAUAUCUGUUAACACACGAUACCUCAACCUGCAGGAGAACUCCAUACAGGUUAUAAAGUCGGACACCUUCAAGCACUUGAGGCAUCUUGAAAUCCUCCAACUAUCCAAGAAUCAGAUACGUCAGAUUGAAGUUGGAGCGUUCAAUGGCCUCCCCAACCUCAACACACUGGAACUCUUUGACAACCGGCUCACACAGGUGCCGUCAUACGCUUUUGAGUAUCUCAGCAAACUGCGAGAGCUAUGGUUGCGCAACAACCCCAUUGAGGAUCUCCCAGGUUACGCCUUCAACCGUGUACCCUCGCUGCGCCGGUUGGAUUUGGGCGAACUUAAAAAGUUGGAUUUCAUCUCAGAUGCAGCCUUUGUGGGCCUCGUCAAUCUAAGGUACUUGAACCUCGGAAUGUGUGGAUUGAAGGACAUUCCCAAACUGACAGCGCUUGAGCGACUGGAAGAGCUGGAGUUGUCAGGAAAUCGGCUGGAGAUCAUCCGUCCUGGUUCCUUCCAGGGUCUGGGGGCUCUUCGGAAGUUGUGGCUCAUGCAUUCACAGGUGUCCGUCAUCGAACGUAACGCCUUUGAUGACCUGAAGAACCUGGAAGAGCUGAACCUGUCUCAUAAUUCCUUGCACUCAUUGCCACAUGAUCUCUUCACACCGCUCCACCAGCUGGAGAGAGUCCAUCUCAACCACAACCCCUGGGUCUGCAACUGUGAUGUGCUUUGGCUUAGUUGGUGGUUGAAAGAGACCGUGCCAAGUAACACCACCUGCUGUGCUCGCUGUCAUGCUCCCCCAAUCUUAAAGGGCAAGUACAUUGGUGAGCUUGACCAGAGCCACUUUACCUGUUAUGCACCUGUCAUUGUGGAGCCGCCCACUGACCUAAAUGUCACAGAGGGAAUGGCUGCUGAGCUGAAGUGUCGCACAAGCACUUCCACAACGUCUGUCAACUGGAUCACCCCCAAUGGCACGUUGAUGACGCACGGGUCCUACAGGGUACGGAUAUCCGUCCUGCAUGAUGGCACUCUUAACUUCACAAAUGUUACCCUGCGAGACACGGGUCAGUACACCUGCAUGGUUACCAACGCUGCCGGCAACACCACGGCCACCGCUGUCCUCAACGUUACUGCUGCUGAUACCAAUGUCAACUACACCUACUUUACAACGGUUACGGUGGAGACGGAGGGCGAAGGAGGUAACAGUUAUGACCUGGUUCCAAUCAAUGGGACCUUCCUUCCGGGUCACCCUGGUCCCACGUCCUCUGAACUGUGGUUUAGUGGUGUUCCCACCACAGAUUCCUCCCUUCCUCCUGGCAGAUCCUCUUCCUCCCCUCGUGCCACUCGACCAACCUUCACUGUGCCAAUCACUGAACCGGGCUUCUCCGGUCUGGAUGAUGUGAUGAAGACCACCAAGAUCAUUAUUGGCUGCUUUGUAGCUAUUACUUUUAUGGCAGCAGUGAUGCUGGUGGUGUUCUACAAGUUGAGGAAGCAGCAUCAGCUACACAAACAUCAUGGGCCAGCUCGGGCCAUCGAGAUCAUCAACGUGGAGGAUGAGCUGGGACCUGGAGCCGGCGGUCGGGGCAGUGGCAUCUCCGGAGGAUCCACAGUGAUGCAGGGUGGAAGCAGUGGAAUAGGAGGGGGCCAGAGCCUCAGGUUGCACCAUCCAGAGAUAGUCAACAUACCCAACCUGGCUCGAUCGGAGCACCUCAACCACUAUUACAAAACCCACCACUUUAACAACAAUAUGAUGGGCCUGGGCAUUGGCACGGGUUCGGGUGCGGGCCUUAACAACAACAACAACCCGUGCUCGCAAUCACAGACCUUAUCCUGCUCCCAGAUUUCAGCUAGUGGUGGGGGAGCGCCCACAAGUUGCACCCUGCCCUCACCUGUACCCCUUUCCCAGUUGGGCCUUCACAGUUCUCUGAAAGGCCUGAAGGGUAAAGGCCAGAACGAGCCACUACUUUUUAAGAGUGGCUCAAAGGAAAAUGUGCAAGAGACUCAGAUCUAAAUAAAAGUGAGGCGUGAAGUAAGAGGAACGGACUACAGGGAAAAAGGCACAUAUAGAGAACGUCUGCAAAGCUGAGGGUGAGAGGCUGGCUGUCGCUCACUUUUCGUACUUGUAGAUUUUUCUAAUGAUGUUCCAGAAAACCACAGUUUUGUGACUUCUGUUUAUGAACCGAGAGAAGCAGACAGGAAGACAGAAUAAGACAGUCCAACAGUCCUAUUAACGCUUCCACACAAAACCAACUUUUAGCCAAAAAACACCAGAAUGUGGGCGACUUGUUUUAGUCAGUGAAGAGAGGUCACCCUUCUUGACAAAGACGCCAGUGGUGGAAAAAAAACAUAUGCAGUGAUCCGUCCAGAUUGUUCUGAUUAUUUCCAGCCACGUUCAGUGUAUAUAUUUGGAAGUAGACAAAGUGUUAGCCAUUGAACAUGUUGUCAGAUUAGUGUUUGGCAAAGGCAGUGAAUUACAAACACUGAUUUGUGUGUGCGCUGUGGACCCAGGUUUCCAGGAAGCAUUCAAAUCCAGGUGAACCAGAAUUAGAACAAAGCACUGGAUCUGCCCAGGACAUAAAAACGACAAAUAGUAUUUUUCAGAGGCAGAUUUGCUUUUUUGCUGUGCUUUUUUUUUCUCCCCCUUUCACACUGUCUGCUGUCUGCUUUGAAGGAGGAUGGCUGCAGAGUGGGAUUAUCACGGGACAGGCAACUUCCUGCAUAAAAAUAAAGGUCAAAGGAUUAAAAAAAAGACUGGACAUACAUAUUAUAUAUACCGUAAAUAUAUUUUCAUUUAAAUAAAUAAAUUAUAAAGAAUCUUUAUCAAGCUUCUGACUGAAAAGUACAAUGUAUGAAAAUAUAUAUUGGAAGAAAAAAAAAAGUACUCCAGGGAGAUUUUUUGGUGGCUCUUCCGCUCACAGCUUUUCUCAACUUGGAAUAAAACAGCCACCCUGACUGCCCUUCGCAAGGACACAAGUGGAAAGUGGCAUCUAGUGAGCUUGGCAAAAUGCUUUUAUUUUGGUCUUCGAUUUUUUUUUUGUAGCCACAGACGGUGUUUCCCCUCUGAACAGGGUCAUUGGAAGCAGAGGGUCCUUACACUCCUGCAAAAAUACAAGAAGCUUCUCGUUUGGUAUCAGGUGGCACUGUAGUAUGAGUAAUAAAGAUCAUAGCAUUUUUCAUGAUUAUCCUUUAAUAAUCAACAACAUUAUAUGAUGGGCGGUUUGGUCAAAUAAUGCCCAUCAACGGGUUGAACAUUAUAAUUGCAGGCUUCCAGAAUUCAGUUUUCAACUCAAAAUAUAGAUGAAGACAUGCUAUUAUUCUUACUUCGGGAGCCAACAGGUACCAGACGAGUUUGUUUGUGUAAGAAAAGUGAUAGCUGAUCCUAAAGCCGUGGGACACGCUCAAUGGAGUCGACACCUGCAACACAAAGAAACAACCUCCAAAAAAUGGCUUCUUCAAGUCCAGUCUCCACCAACUCAUGUGAUGUCUGGAGCAGUCAGGGACCCUGGUGUUAUCAGGCGUGAAAGGCAUGAAGUUUUUGAUGAAGACUGCACCUUUGCAGAGGAUUAUUUCACAGCUGUAUCUCAGUGUUACCGUGUUUGAUUGGAUUUUAUGGCAGCAGAGAGCUAAAUGGACCACAGACAAGCAGUUUGAAAGGUAAGCGAAGCUUGUUUCAUGAGGAAAGCGGCAUACAGUAUUGUAUACAGAGAUGGGUGAAACAUUUUUCUAAUGAAAAAGACAAUAAAAAAACAGAACCCGAUAGAUCUCCUUUAAAAAAAAAAAAACUAUUCUAUGUGUUUUCAUUUUUGUUUUUUAUCUAGUUUGGUUAUUUUUUUUAUCACGUGUUAUCUUUAUUGUAAUAUUGUUAUUGUUAUUAUAAUUAGCUAAUUACACUGGUUAUAAUCAAGAGAGAUGUUCUUUUAGCAGAGGUCACUUUGAAAAAUUAACAAAAUAUAUAACCUGGCACAUAAAAUGGCAAUUGAAGUCUGUGAAAUUCAGUGGCUAUUUUGAUUUCUUCACGUUCUGAUCAACUUUACUUGUAGUAUCACUGUUUGUAUCCCUUGUAGCUGCUCUUGAGAUGAGACGUAGCGAAUGUGAACUAGUCAGCAGUGGGUCCUCUUAUGGUUCUGUUUGUUUUGUUUUGUUUUCUGCACAGGGGGACAGGAAAGGCCCUGCUCUGGUUUACAGGCUUACUUGUGCUCGCUGUGUACUUUUCCGUGAAUGUCAUCACCAUCACCACACUCAGAGCGUGAUUGCGCUGUGUCAAUGCCCCGUUACCAUGGCUACGCGUCGGUCUAAUGCGCCAAGCCGCGUCACCGUCAGCGCCUCAUGAGGCACUACUCUGCUCCCUGUCAGCCUCGCUCCUCUGAGCCGCCGCAUCUCACCGAGAGGGCCAGUGUUCCUUCGGUGGAGGCCAAUCAGCCAGAGCGUUGUGCCCGUGUCUUCACUGCCCCCACCCCCAGCAUCCUGCCAUCAGGUUUCCCUGGCAACUGUUGCUGCUGCGACAGCUCUUAUCACAACUGUUUAAUUCUGGUUUUGAAUGCUAAAUAGUCGAGCGCAGGCAGUAAAAAAAAAAAAAAAAUAGGUCUCUGUUUUCUCGUUAUUGGAGAGCAAAGAAAUUCGUUCAAUUAUCGGAGGAUUUUGGUCAUUUUUCCCUGGCAGAACACUAACUUUCUGCCAAGACCACUACGAAAGACUUCAAUGCUCCUGAGGAUUUCGAAUCAUACCCCAUCAUGAACAUAUUCCUCACAACUCAUUUACAUAUUCAGCUGCCUCUGUGUGUGCAAACAGGAGAAAGUGUCACGUGGGCAUGCUUGUGUGAUUGAUUUUUGUCUCCUUUUUAUCGUACAUCUCCAGCCGAAAAGCAAAAGACUGUUACAAAAGCUGUUUAUCCUUGGUUAGUCAUGAAGCUGUGUCGCACCAGGCCCAUCUCCUGUUGUAGCUCCUGAUGAAGCAUUGCGUAGCCCCCGUUGCUCCUGUGAACUGGCUCAAAGCAGAGGCCGUGUCACUGAGGCUUUGGCGUGAGAGCGAGCAGUGGCGGUGCUGGAGACUCUCAGUCACCGUGCUGCAGUGUCUGAGUCACAGCAGUGAACAAGCUCCCAUCAAUUUAAUGGAAGUGCUGUGUUUACAGUGCAGGAAGGGGUCCACCCAGUCACCCAUAGGGAGUAGCCCCCAAAAUAGUGGUUCGUUUCAGGCCGUUGUAGUGCGCGUGCAGAUUUUGAAAGAUGUCACACGUUUAUUGAUGCGGCACGGUUCAGGUGGGCUUCUGUGAGCGUGGUUGUGUAAGAAGGCUAAGAGGGAGGAGGGGCGGUCAAACCUCCAUUUUAAAUCCCCACUUUAAAGCAGCUCUGUCUGCCUCCUUCUGCUUCAGGCUGCUUUAAUGAUCCUCUCACUGACACUUUAAGUAAAAACUGGAUUUUCUUUUUUUAUAUACUUAAGCAGAUCCCCUCCUCUUUGCUCUCUUUCUCUCCGUAUUUGGGUAAAACCAAUUCAUAAAAGGACUCCUCAGACCUCUGCUCUCAGAAAAGCAUCCCUGGCCUUUUUUAACCCCCCCGGCCACAGCUUGCAGAGGGUCGAAUGGUCAAGUGCACACAGCUGUAGUUUUGGCUUUGAUCAAGGUUAAUACUUUGAAUUGGACUGUUUAUUAUUGCCUGAUCAUCAGAAUGAAUCCUAAAGUCUGUUUUCAAAAAGGCUUUUGGUGUUUAAAAACAAUCAAAAAUCUGACCCUCUUAUAUUUUUUAUCCCAGGUUGACGUCAGUACGAAAUGUCUUUAAAUAAAGUAUUUGACUGCCCAGAACAUCCUCACCAUGGCAACCAGGCAGAGUUCAGGUUACUGAAGCUAAAGUCAAAAAUGCUAGGAGCUUGUCAAAGGUACCUUACAUUGAAACACACAAACAUCUUCUGACAAAUAUUCAGCGCCGAUCGUUUAGUCCCCUUCAUAACUAGAGCUUUAAGUUAUUAUUAUAUAAUAUAAUACAAUAUUAUAUUAUAUUUCAUUAUAUUAUAUUAUAUUAUAUGAUAUUAUAUUAUAUUAUAUUGUAUAUGAAACAUUAUUUGACCAUGUUUGGAUCUAUUUAAAAAAAAAAAAGAAAAAAAAAAGUAGUUUUCUAGGACAUAGUUUCUGCAGAACAGCGGGAGUUCAUUAGAAAAGUUCCUCAGAGUUGUGAGCGGGACUCUUAGGGUGGAGUGAGCCUUCCCUAACUUUCCAUCAUCCAUCUGUUUACAUGCUCUACCGUUAGCUUACCAACCCUCACACCUCCAACCUCACAUUAGCGGUGCAACAAAAAUGAGCAAUAGGACUAUGCAGCUGCACAGUUUGGAGAUAGAUUCUAGCUCAGACGGGGAAAACAACUCAUGAAUCUAAUUGUCUACAAGUAGAUUAAUCAGAAUGGAGUGGAGCAGGGAGCUUGUGCCUUGCCAUAGUAGCUUCUACAUCACACCUCCAAGCUUUUUCUAGCUGUAUUUGUUCGUCUGCACUGGAUUCAUAAACAAUUUGAAUAAAGAAAUGCUCAGAAAUGCAAUUUUAAGCUUAGUUUUCUUCAUAAAUGCCACAAGAUAAUGUUAAAAACACAAUUUUCAUCAGAGUGGGCCUUUAAACUUACUGCAAAAGUUCUUCACCUUUGGAACGUUCCUCAUUUCUCACAUGUACUUAAUUACAUUGACAAAAAGAACAGUGUGAAACAAGGCUUGUUGUCACAGUUGUCAUGGUAACAAUGUGGGCAUGGAUGCCAACAACACUUCCUUAAGAAAAAUUAGGAAAUUUGUUUUUAAAAGAAACAAAAACAAAAAAAAUCAUAUUUUCUUUCCUUGCGCAUGAAAAGGAUGGUUGCUAUGAGCCUGUCAGGCUCACUUUAAAUCAAAACUUCAGCCAUUCUUUUCUGUCCUCAUAGAAACUGCUCUACGCAAUCUGCAGGAGGCUCAGCCAAGGGUGAUUACGGGCCGAGGCGAGGGCGUUCAAUGCUGCUUCCAGCUUUCUUUUUUUUCAUUGUUUUGCUGGAGCCCAUUUGUAUGGGAGAGCAGCACCUGUUGGUGAAGCUUAAGUGAUUUUUAAUGCGCUUUUUCAGUAGCUGUAUUUAAGGUUAAUCACCUUGACGGAGACGUGACUUUUAGUCAUAACGAUGCACACGAAACCGUCUGGGGCCGCUGUGUGAUUUCAAUGAUGAGAACAUUCCAGGUUCUGUUUUGUUCACCUUGUGACCAGCAGUGUUGAAACCACGGCUGUGUUUGUGCCAGCCCCCGAGGGCUGUACUACACACUUGUAAACCCCUGCAUUACAAGCUCUUUGCAAGCUCCACACUGCAUAAUUCCCCCCCUCCAUUUAAAAAUAGCAGUGAAGCGAUAGCUGGGCUUAAUGCAUUAUUGAUACAUAUGGUGUCAAUGAUGCAUGUGCAAAGGCAGCAGGGCUAAUUUUCUCCAUAUUGCAGAGGCCACAAGCAUCAAACUGGGUUUUAAUUUAUAAGCGUGGUUAUUGCUAUUAUUUUUCACACGGCCAUUGUAGCUAUCUGGCCAAAUGCUGCAGCUUGUCUUCUUACAUGACAGCUUCUAUGAUUCUGUUAAAUGCAGCGCGGGUUUGUGUGCCACUGUGUCAUCAUCUGCCCCUCCCCAGCCAGCAGCAGCAGCAGCAGCAGCUCGCCAGGCUUCGCAGUGCCUCUGCCAUUGGAUGCUGGCAGUCAUAGGCUGGUUUUAUCACCCUCAACUGACUUAAUGACAAUGCCUUUUUUUUUUUUUUUUUUUGGUGCCCCGGUCAUUCUGUUCAGUCACAUUAUGGGAAAAUGAAGAAGUUUUGUCAGAUGUGUGCAGACAUUUUUCUGUGUCAUCACUGUGAAAUUGAAAACCCUGCCCUGGAGCCACUUAUCAAACCUGACCACACACUCAAGUACAAGUUAGAGCCACAUGCCUGCACACACACAGACUCGCUGAAACUGAAUGACUGAGUGAUUUAUUGAUUGAGGAGGAGCCUUUUUCAACACUUUGCAGCUGAGUGCAGUGGAGGUUAAUGCAACCCUCUCGCCGGCUGCCAUGGCGCUCUGUGCGUGCUUUAUAUCCUGUGAAGGUGUCCUUAAUUUGAGAAUGGCUGGGACAUUAGCACAUGCCUUAUGUCCCUGUUGCUCUGGAUACCGGGUCUCUGAUCACAAGAUGCCCACUGUGGGCGCCUGGUGGGCUCAGAGUAAGUACUGUCUGUGUGACGUAACGGGGAGGAGUGGCUUCGUCUCGGAUGAACAUCUCCUCUUGUCACUCAGCCAUGGGUCUAGUCAAAGGGUGUCUGAACUGGAGCUCAGAGCAAGACAAACAAAAAUCCGGUAAAGCUGUAACAGACACGCUUACAGCCCAUGAAAUUGUAAAAUACAGCUUAACGAUGCGAGAGCGCUGCUUAUCACUUAGCCUUUCGUGAAUGCUUUAUAAAGGAGAAUAUUAUUGUCGUCGUGUAAAAAUCUCAAAUCUCCAGCCUUUCUAACUUUUGCUCUGCAGCCCUUUGAACUGCUGGGACCCGUUUAAAGCGCCAUGGGGUAAAAAAACAACAAAAAAAAUGUUUGUGUGACAAGUUCAAAAGAGGCUUUUCCUUUUUUCCUCGUAUCCUGAAAAGCUGACAUUUGGGGCCGUGCGAGCUUUUCAGCCGACAGCAACCAUAUUGCUCUUUCAAAUACGGAUUUACUUCACAAAAACAAUCUGGGAUGUUGCAGCUCGUGUUGGGAUUUGGAAACACACUUCUGCAGCAAACUCAUGCCUGGGAGCUGCAGCAGGCUUCCUUUUCAGUGUGAUGAUGUGUGUGGACUCUGGGACUUGUUCUGAAGCAGCCUCAACUAUUAAAAGGACUGCUGACCCAGCAGCUGUGCACCUCUCAGAGGACUUAAGUUUCCACACUCCCACUAUCCAUCCAUGCUGUUUAUGGCUCAGGAUAGUGUUCAUACUCAGCUAUGUUUGAUGUUCUUAGAUUCUGGGAAAAGGCUAUACCUCUCAGUGCUUUGAAGUGUAAAUUUGGGUCUUUUUGAAGAACCUCGUGAAGGAAAGGGAAGAGAUAGUGACAGCUGAAUACGUACUGUUUACAAGCUGGUGGUUUGAUGACGGCACCUUCCAUCCCUUAUCCGUCUCUUUUGGUGGCACUGACCUCUGAUGACACGAGGUCAAACCUCUGCUUGCCUUCGAGUUCACGGGUCGGAAGCCGUUUAGUCUCAGAAAGGUGAAACUGGAGCAGGAUCCAGCUCUGACCCAGAUACGCCGCUCCAGCUGAGCUCUGAAUCAGAGCCUCCUCUUGAUGAUUUUUCUUUUUAUUAUUAAGCAGGAAACUGUAGUAAACAGUCAUCAAUAUGAAAUAAACUCUUCCUGUCCGCAUUGAUUUUUCUUUACUCUUUUUUUGUCUCCACCUCCACAUGUCAGUGAGUUCAUCUCUUCUCAUUGGUGUUGAUUUAUUCCUCUGGUUCGGCCUUUAGGAGCCUCAUUUUGCACAUGUUCUCGACUCUCAUGCCGUCCACAUGCAGUACAGCAGCGUGCAUUCCUACCCGACGUGCUCUUGGAUCGCCACGAGCGACACUUGGCAGGCGCAGCAGCCGUCUCCAUCGCGCCCGAGCUGCUGUGUUUUUGUGGGCCCGCUUACCACGCUACAGCUUCUGUUGCCUCGGGCCUCCCCAGAUUGUGAGCUCAGAGGAAAUGGAGUGACAAGGGAGGACAGAGCAGGCGGAAAGGCAGAAAGCAAACGGAGACAUGGAGUGAAAAGAGACUGAAAUGACAGAAGGAAUAAGAUAUAACUGAGAGGUUCCCUGUCAGUCCAUAUCCUGAUAGAUUUGCAGUUUGCAUGUCAUGCACACAAAGAAGCCUGAACUCUGGGUGCUCUUCAAGCAUUCGUUCAAUAUUUGCAUGAGUUUGUAUAAAGUGGGCUCCAUGAGCACAGUAUGCGUGUUCGUGUGUGGCCGGUAUGAAGACAUGAAGGAGGAAGGGCCGCUGUGGUGCUUAUAUGUCACCCAGUGCCAGAGGGGAAAUGACUUCUCUCUGUCCCCGACCCAGGGGAGGCAGAGGAGGAGCACGGCUGACUACCCUCGCUCCUCUGCCUUUUUCUCACCCUCUACCCCAAAAAUGCAGCCAAAGCCUCAAUCAUGGCCUCCCCCACCGGCUCUGAGUCACUCACAGGCGUUUUCUUAUGCUCACUUGCUCACAGGCAUACGCUUGCAUUAUCCCCCUUCUUCUCCUCCUGUGGCUCUCAUCUUCCUUCUGUUCCCCUCCUCCGCUGUUCUCUAUCUACCUCAUGCUUACUGUUUAACCCUCCCGCCACCUCCUUCUGCCAUUUUUCACCCCCCUGCAGCUUGAUGUCAACUUUUAAGUCUCAUCUACCCAAACACCAUCACAUGCUCGUGUUGCCCCCCCCCCCCCCUUCCUCGCAACUGCGACCGUCUCUCAGGAAAAUGAUAAACAAACUCACAACAAACCAAGGCCUCUGAUAUUUCCUUCCCUCUGUUCAAUUAAACAUGGCCUCCAUCUGCUUCUUUGUUUCGCUUCGGCUUUUCUUCUGCAAUAUUGACUGUGGUUGUUUUUUUGUGAUUGUUUCUUAAGACUGUGUUUUAACCUUGUUAUAACCACAGGUGUGUGCAUAUUAACACCGGAGGAACAUGUCAUGGGGGGCGUGUGUCUGCUUGUGUGUUUGGAGGAAGGAGGACUUGUUCUGCUUCAAGGUUCUGUGCCAAAACUAUUUUCAGAACAUUAAAUCUCUGUUUAUGUGCCAUACUGAGAAAUUUAUGAAAUAAAAAUAACGUUUUUCACAAUUUUCAA